AUGGCAGCAAAACCGGCAAAACAGAUUGAUCAAUACAAUGAUAAAAUGUCUUAUGUCGCCCGAGAUCUUAUCUGGAAAGAUCAUGUAUCAAAGAUUGAAGUAGCACAAAAGUUUUAUGAUAAGCGAUGGGGCUUUCUCAAUGAACCACAACUUAAUGUUUCACCAUUCGAUCCCAAACGAUCAUCAGGGGGUUUAUUUUCAGGUGCUCUUUCACCUUUAACGAUUACUUCUAAUCUACGUAGUGAAGUGGUGACAGUUAGUCCCUCUCCAAGACCAAUACCACCGACAACAAAUAGAUUAAUUGGUUGGAGAACAGCAGAUAAAAAUUGUGCUUUGGAAAAAUAUGGCAAAUAUGCUCGUGGUCAGGAAUCAUUACAUAAAAAAUUCAAAUGGCCCAUAGAAGGCUUUGACUAA